AAUAGUACUAGCGCGAUAACUUCAAUGAAGUUACUUCAUCGUCAACUGCAGGCUCGACUGUCAACGGGGGUUACGAAAAUGCGGGAGACGCACGCCGAUUCGGUCGUUCUGUCCGAGUGAUCCCGACCCGGUUGUGGAAGAAACGUGGAAUCAUGUGGCCGAUGCGAUCGGAGAUGACUCGGGAUGAAUGCAGGAAGUGCUUAAGAUGCCUCGAAUUAGAUGCUUAUGGAAGUAUGGUCUCUGUCCUACGUGCUCAAGGUCCUUUCACCAAUGAGAAACAGAAAUUAUUGCAAGAACUUGCUAAAGUGUUACAUAUUUCUAAUGAAAGACAUCGUGCUGAAAUACGAAGAGCUGUAAAUGACGAAAAGCUUGCAUCAAUUGCAGAACAACUUAAUGGUCCAAAUACUGGUACAGAUUGGACUAUUGAAGGUCGCCGAACUAUUCCUCUUUUGCCAAGAUUAAAAGCGCGGUCCGUCUUCACGACGUUAGCGAAUAGCUUAUCUCUUGCAACUGCAGCAGCAAAUGAGAAAAAACCUGCACAAGUUGCUUCUGAGAACUCGAUAGCUAUUGAAACUGAAUCUCAACCUGAAGUGAAAAUAGAAAAAGACUUACUUGAUACAAAAUUAUGCAAUUUGGAAAAUGAUUGCAAUAACAGCGAGAUUUUACAUGAAAAUUCAAAUUUGGCUGAAGAAGAGGAAACAGAUGAUAAAGAUAUGAUAGAUAAAGUUAUUGAAAAACCCAAAGUAUCAAAAAAACCUGAAAAACGCAAAUUAUCACCCCUGUUAUCAAUAGGGCCACCAAAUAAGAUUCAAGUGAUAUCUGCACCACUAAACAACACUUUGUGUAUAUCUGAAGAUAAGCACACAUUACAAACUGUUCAUAAGCAAUUAAUACAAGCAAUACCACAUACUGAAUAUGCUGGAGUAAUUUCACUUAAACCGAAUGAUGAGAAUUCAGAUACUAUGGAUACUAAGGAUAUAAUAUCGGAAGAUUCGAUUACUCGGACAACGGUUUCGUUAAAUAAACAUGUAGUUACUUCAGAAAUCUCUAUGUGCACAAAUACAGAUUGGAGUAAUCUCAAAAUGUUAACUAAUACUAUGCAAAAUAAAGUUAGUACAAAAGUAGUGCCAGCGGUUUCGAGCGGUAUUGCAUUGAGCACGCCGCUAAACAAAGUGCAUUCGGAAAGUAAAGAUUUACAACAUGAAGAUAACAUAAAUAAUACAUCGAAUAAUACCUCUGAGAGAUCUGAUAACACUAGUUCGAAUUCAUGCAAAAAAAGACUUAUGGCGUCAAUCAUACAUGAAGCUCUAGUACCAAACUCUCAAGUUCAAAUUACACCCGUAGUGUAUCCUAACACUACAGUAGUAGCAGUAUCAAGUGGUCCUGGACCACCUCAAGUUAAGCAAACUUCUACAACAUUAAUGUGUAAGAAACUGCCGCCGGAACAAAUUGCGAUCAAUCAUCAAUCCACUGCCAAAACGGGUGUUACAAUAAAUUCUAAGAAAAUUGUAAAUAUGUCUCAUUAUCCAAACAAUAAAUUAAACGCUAAGACUAAUGUGAUUGUCAUUCAGAAGGGUCACGCACAAGGCGUAACAUUAUCACAUGCAGGCAAGGAAGUGCUAGGAAAGGUAAUAAUGGGUGGAAAGAAUUUGUGCGUUACAAGCCAACAUAAUAAUGCAAACUCGAUUAGUGUUCAAUCCCAUCAUAUUUCUCUAAACAAUGGAGAUCAAACGAAGACUGUGCUGCCGAUUAUAAACUCGUCACAGAAUGCAGAAUCCGCCUAUAAACUUGAAAAUAUAAGUUUUAAACAGGUAGUGGAUGUAUCCGCAAAUUUACGACAUGAUUCUAACAAGAACAAGCUUUUUUCAAGCUUUCAGUUCUUGGAAAGAGCUGCAAAACUACACGUGCAACAUAAGACUGUGAUACAAAACAUGAAUACUGUGCAGUUAAAGGAAUGUAGUAAUGUUGCAAAUACGAUUGACCGAGAUUCGCCUCUGAAGACAGAUUCCGCGAUUACAUCAACUACGGAGGAAAAACAACAUAAAAGGAAUAAAGAUGCAAGCAUGAAUUGUCAGGCAAUAAAAUCGUUGGAUUCCUCGAAACUGCAGGGAAACAAGGAAAUAUUUAUCAGGCCGAAACAGAUCGCCAAUAUACCAGAUGAUGCUAGUAACGAUAUUCGGAUAGAAAAUUCUGACGAGGAUGUGGAAAUAACUGGCGAUAUGAUAGACCUCACAAACCCACAACACUUAAAAUAUAUAUUACAAGAAGACAAUUACAAGAAUUGUGUUUUAGAAGAUUCAAGAUCGAUGGCGACUAUAAAUCAAUUGGACGAGCACGAUGACUCGUAACGACUAAAGGAGUUUCAAUGU